ACUUGGCUUGUAGGAGACCUGAUCUUUUAAUGAAAUACAGAACAAAUAUCUUAGAAAAACGAAAAUGGGCAAUCGUCAUAGCCAGUCUUACUCCCUCUCAGAAGGCAGUCAACAGUUGCCCAAAGGGGACAUCCAACCCUCGGCAGCAGCUGUGCAGACUCUCAGCCACCCACCAGGGAGUGGAGAACCAGAGGCCCAACAGCCUGCCAAAGCAAGAAGUCAUCAGGGUUUUGAUAUGGAUCACUAUGCCAAAAUGCUGAACAAAGCCUGCAAAGGAAUGGGAACCGAUGAAGCAUCCAUCAUUGAAAUCUUAUCAAACAGGACAUCGGAUGAGAGGCAACAAAUAAAGCAAAAGUACAAGGCAACAUAUGGCAAGGACCUGGAGGAGGUGUUCAAGAGUGAACUGAAUGGAAACUUCGAGAAGACAGCUUUGGCCCUCCUGGACCGCCCCAGCGAGUAUGAUGCCCGACAGCUGCAAAAGGCCAUGAAGGGUCUGGGCACAGAUGAGGCAGUGCUCAUCGAGGUCCUGUGCACAAGAACCAAUAAGGAGAUCUCGGCCAUUAAAGAAGCCUACCAAAGGUUAUUUGACAGGAGCCUUGAAUCAGAUAUCAAAGCCGAUACAAGUGGAAGCCUAAAGAAAAUUCUGGUGUCCCUGCUACAGGCCAAUCGUGAUGAAGGAGAUGAGGUGGACAAAGAUCUAGCGGGUCGGGAUGCCAAGGAUCUGUAUGAUGCAGGGGAGGGCCGCUGGGGCACUGAUGAGCUUGCCUUCGAUGAAGUCUUGGCCAAGAGGAACCACAAGCAAUUACGCGCCACCUUUCAAGCCUAUCAGCUUCUCAUCAACAAAGACAUCGAAGAGGCCAUUGAAGCAGAAACAUCAGGAGACGUGCAGAAGGCCUACUUAACUCUCGUGAGGUGUGCCCGGGACCAUGAGGGCUAUUUUGCUGACCGUCUGUACAAGUCCAUGAAAGGUGCAGGCACCGAUGAGGAGACCCUCAUUCACAUCAUCGUGACCAGGGCUGAGGUCGACCUUCAGGGGAUAAAGGCGAAGUUCCAAGAGAAGUAUCAGAAGUCUCUGUCUGACAUGGUUCGCUCAGACACAUCUGGGGACUUCCAGAAACUGCUGGUGGCCCUCUUGCACUGACCCAGGCCAGAGCAGUGGAAGGACAGGGAGGAACCACCUUUGUCAAGAGCCCAUUUCAAACCAGAUUUGCGAAUGUGACUCCAGCACAGAAGGUGCUGAAGAAUUCUGGCUUAUUUUCCUAGCGGCUUGAAUACUGUAGCCAGGCCAAGCUGCUUAGGUGAAGGAAGCAGCCUCUAGACACUUGGGCAGGUCACUGUGAAACCUGGCUGAGCAAGUAUCUGAGCUGCCUUUCAGCUUUCCUUUAGCGUGACAACCUGAAUGCUUUCUGAGCACAGAUGAAAUUAGCAGUUGAUGAAAACACUACAUUUGUAAUAAAACAUUCAGAAGAAUAUGUAUCCCAAAGAGGUGGGUAAAGACUGAAUGGUUAAAGUACAAGGAAGACAAAAUUAACCAAUCCAUCAGUGUUCCUUCUGUGUGUUCAAUCUCAAAUCCUCAAUGUUAAUUAAAGUGGAUUAUGCCCCAUCAGCUGCUUUUCCAAA